GGCUGUCGGUCCUUGUCACUAAUAACCCCUCACCUUCGGAUGUUUUUUAACGUUUAGUCACGUUUUUGAAUGCUUUUGAAGUUACGUAUAAAGAUGACCGUUUUCGAGCGGAACUUGAUCAAAAAUCCGUGUGGAGAAGAACGGUACAGAUAUUGGUCUGUGAAAUCCGGAGGUGAUGGAUGGAACAUAGACAACAACCACAUUCAAAUUCCAGAGGCAUACUCCCAGAAGUGUUUUGUGACAUCUUAUAGGUGGUGCUCAAAAGAGCAGCUGAUUAAUCUUCUUGCAGAAGGAGCCACUGAAGACGAGCUUGAUAAACAGCCAGAGAUCUAUGUCUGUGACUGGUAUGGUACUCGAAGUGACUGUGGCGGUGUUUAUGAAAUUCAUGUUACUCUCCUGGAUGCAGACAAGUCAACAGUAAAAGCAGAGUUCAAGUGCGAAGCUCCCCCAAUUCCACAGUGGAAUGAUGCUUCAUAUCACAAGGUAUCGCACAAUUUCAGAAACUAUGGUAAAGGUGUCCGCUACGUGAAUUUUUGCCACCGUGGGAAGGACACAAAAUUCUGGGCUGGACAUUAUGGAACUCGCAUUACAAACUCUACUGUUAUUGUGAAAGCAAGUAGUUAACAUGGUGCCUCACCAGGUACAUUCCUGAGCCUCUGACAAGUGAUCUGCAGUGGAAUCCUGUUUUUUAACAUAGUAGACGGGAUUUAUCCAGUUUGACAAGGAACAACAUGUGUGGCACUUUCUCAGAAUGAAGUUGAAGAAUAUUGACAAUGUGGCACAUACCAAGUUUGGCAUAGUUAUGAUAGUGGGUACAAUGCCAUCACCUGGGAAUGUAUGGACACAUGCUGCAUCUUAGUGUGCUAUUAACUCUGCAGUUUAUUGUAUUAAUUUACUUAUUUGAAAUUUGGUAACCAGGCAUCUGGAUUGGUCAAUUGACUCUUUUCAGCCAUGAUCCAGGCUCCAGAGGAUCAAAGUGCAUAAUAUAAUUAAAAAAUCGGUAGUUACAUAUUAUCGCAACCAGAUUUUCGCGGUUGUGGUAGUACGCUUGUUGGGCCAAAAACAGAUUGUGGGAGUGAACGUAUGGUUGGAUGUGAUGUUUUCUGUGGGUAUAACCUAGUUUGUCCCAAAUUCGUAACCUAAAUGAACGUGGAAAUGUGAAUCUUGUUUUGCUUACUUCAAAAUUGGUUGCACUGCUGUCAUACUGCAGGAAAUGAAUUGAGGACGCUUGGGAAAUGUUUGUUUGUACUGCUGCCGUACUGCGAGAAGCAUUGUUACAAAAUUGACUAUACAUUUCUAUGAGAAUAAGAAAUCUGGAGCAGCAAAUUUUUUGUGUAAAUAACUGCUUUUAUUUUACAAAUGGAACAUAAUUUCAGUUAAAGGGAAUAACAGAAUAAACUAUGUGACGGAGGCUAAAAUUAAUUUGACAUGGGAGAGAAAGGUCUUGUACAACUGAGGCUAAGGUUAAUGUGACGUGGUGUUAGGUGGUACUAUAAAAAACAUGUAUGUAGUAUGUGACAGCACCAGAUUUAUUUAUUUUUUUGGAUAGUAGUUACUCUUACAAUGUUUUCUGGAUGUUUUGGAUAGCAUACUUGUGGAUGUCUUCCAGAUGGUUUGGGCAACAUAUUUCUGGACAUGGAACAUGUCUUACACAUAACUGUUGUAGAAAAUGUAUUUUCAGUGACAUGAUGUCGGGAAAUGGCAUAGCUUGAAACAAGCACUCAUUUCUUAAAUUGUAUACUGUUUUUCCUAUCUAAACAAUGUUUUUUCAUAAAGUUUGCUUUGUCAGUGUAA